CCAGCUCAUUGGCUCCAGGAAGUGCAGAAGUUGUUUGUGAAACCGCCUGAGCUCAACCUCGGAAUAUAAAGUAGGGCAUUUUGCACUUUAUAUUUAAGUAUCGUAACAAAACAAGUGUCGGUUUAGAGUUCAUUCAGGGUAUUGUCACAGUCGCAAAUUAUAUUUCAGACAGCAGCACAACAGCAGCUGACGUUACGUGGUAGGAUUUUUUUGCACAAGAGAGGACUAACCUGUGCUGCAUUCUCCUCACCUGUCAUGUUAACUAACCAUUUCAGAUAAAAUCUGAACGGUUACACCUUAUUUUGUCUUGGACGAAUUUGUUUGAAGAGUCUGUUUCUGCCGUGGUCAGCUGCCAACUUCUUUGUUCCAAAACGUGAAGGUCAAGGUUCACCUGUGAAGUUGACACACUCACUUUAAGGUCAGACAUUCUGAUUGUCAGUGUCCAUCACUACUCUGCUGCAUGAAUCCUUUCUCCUGACAAUGCCCCCCAUCUGUCUCUCAUCAGGUAAUGGCCGAACCCAGAAUAUCUUCCAUUGAUGGAAAGUUAGCUGAAGAGUUUGCUGUUCCCUCCCAUGUCGAGGAGGUAAAAGAGAAAAUGUCUGCUUUUGCCGCACAUCAUGCGGCAGUAGGUCGCAGGGUGGUUCUCAUUACAUCAGGAGGCACUAAAGUUCCCCUGGAGUCACGCACUGUUCGCUUCCUUGACAACUUCAGCAGUGGCAGACGAGGAGCCUGCUCAGCAGAGUAUUUCUUAGACUCUGGCUACGCCGUCAUCUUCCUGCACAGGCAUCGCUCCCUCUACCCUUACACGCGUACGUUCUCAACCAUCAACGUGCUGGAUGCUUUGCAGUUUAGAUGUGGAGAGGGUGCAUCUGAUAACUCUGGUGAAGUUGUGGUUAACCAGCAGGUGCUUCCGAACAUCACCAAAGUGCUGAAGAGAUACCAGGAAGUGAGAGACAGCAAACUUCUCCUGCCCAUUGAGUUCAGCACACUGUCAGAGUAUCUGCAUCUUCUCAAAGCAGCAGCACAGGCACUCAGUACAAUAGGAUCCAAGGCCAUGUUUUACCUGGCUGCAGCUGUGUCCGAUUUCUAUAUCCCAGCAUCUGAGAUGCCUGAACACAAAAUCCAGUCUUCCAAUGGUCCUCUUCAACUCAGCUUGAACAUGGUCCCAAAGAUACUGUCUCCACUGGUGAAGGACUGGGCACCCCAGGCAUUUGUCAUAUCUUUUAAACUGGAGACCGAUGCAGCCAUACUGCUGGACAAGGCUCGACGGGCUCUUGACACCUACAGGCACCAGGUGGUGGUGGCCAAUGUACUGGACUCUAGACGGGGUUAUGUGGUGGUUGUGACCCCUUCAACUCAGGCUGAGCUGAUCCUCACAGAGGAGGAUGUAAAAAAUGAGGUGGAGAUAGAGGAGAGGAUAGUGAGCAACCUGACAUCAGCACACAACAAGUUCAUAACUCAACAAGCAGGUUGACAGUCACCGCACGCACAUCUGAGUCCGUGACACAGCUUUACGUUGUCUGUACUCUUCCCUGAUCUUGAGCUUAAGUUUGGCUUAAAUUCAUACUUGCCUGUUCUACUGACAAAGUUACUGUAUGUUCAGCAUGUUGUCCAGUUGCACAACCUUAGUAAUAAGUGUAACUAUAAACACGCCAUGCCUUCCCUUGUCCUUUUUACCUGUCCUAAAAUGUGCUCUAAGGUUAUAAUGCUGUCUCUGUAAAGGGGCAUUGACAGUUAUAAAAUGUUUAUUCACACUGCACAAUAAUCCAGGACAUUUUGAUGUCUUUUCUACAACAGUGAUUGACAGCUGAAUAAUUCAGUGGUAUGAUUUACUACAAUAAAUCACCUAUAAUAAACAUUUACUAGUAUA